AGAUUUCCCAACUUUUUGUUCCUCGCGCCGCCGCCGCCGCCGCCGUGACGGAAGGAAGAGGAGGAGCAAGGAGCACGACGCGAUGGGCCACUCCAACGUGUGGAACUCGCACCCUAAGAACUACGGCCCUGGCUCCCGCGUCUGCCGGGUCUGCGCGAACCCUCACGGUCUGAUCAGGAAGUACGGGCUCAUGUGCUGCAGGCAGUGCUUCCGCAGCAACGCCAAGGACAUUGGUUUCAUCAAGUACCGUUGAAGAGGCCACUGUGCUGCUGUGGAGAACUUCCUACAUCAAAGAAAUGGGUCCUUCAUUAGAAGGCCUAAUUUAUGCGCUUUAGCUUUUUGUUCAGAACUUGAGACUCAUGUGUUAAACUCGACUUGUUAAAGUUUUGAUGGCUACUUUGUGCUUGUUGGACCAGCUAUAAUCAGAAGAUUGAAAUUUUCUCACUCAUGAUGUUUGUUCU